AUGGCUGGGAGAAAAGGCCCAGUGAAUGUGAUGGUCACUCUCUGGUUGUUCAGGCUUGGGGUACUUCUAGUCCUUUCUCAAUUAUCCCAGGUGGGGUACCCUCAAUACCAAACCUCCCCAGAAGUGGCGAUUCCCUUGAAGGUAGCUGUUUCAGGGUCAAGCAUGAACGCUUCUGACUGGUUUUCCUACCAUCUGAAUUUUGGAGGUCAGAGAUACAUCAUGCACAUCAAGAUUAAGAAGCUUUUGGUAUCCAGACACCUGCCUGUGUUCUCCUACACAGACCAGGGUGCUCUCCUGGAAGAUCAUCCUUUUGUCCAGAAAGACUGCUACUUUCAUGGCUAUGUAGAAGGGAAAUCAGAAUCUCUGGUUGUUCUUAAUAACUGUUUGGGGGGCUUCCAUGGAAUGAUACAGAUCGAUAACUUUACAUAUGAAAUCAUGCCCAAAAGGCUUUCUUCCACAUUUGAACACCUGAUAUAUAAAGUGGACUUUGAGGAAACACAAUUUCCUUUCAUCAGCUCUGGUUUAACAGAAGAAGAGGAUUCGAGACAAUUGAUGUUUCAAGAGAGUAAUAAUUAUGCUCUGAUGCGACAUGCUUAUGAAGGUGGGCGGACCCACAAUUGGUUUGUAGAAUUAGCUGUGGUGGUAGACCAUGGUCUAUUCCUUCAUUUCGAAAGCAAUAGCUCAUUAGUGCAGGAGUUUGUUUUCAAUACUAUCCAUACAGUAGAUUCAAUUUAUGGUGCCAUGGAUAUUCGCAUCACUUUAUUAACAAUUGAAAUCUGGAAUGAAGGAAAUCCAUUUGUAAUAAAUGACAAAAAGUCAGUUUUGAAGGAUUUUUGUGUUUGGAAAAAAAGUAACUUUAAUUUCCGUGUUCACCAUGACAUCGCAUUUCUAUUUACAAACGAUUCCUUGGGUAAUUUCACUGGCUUUGUUUAUUUGGCCAUGGUGUGUAAGGAUUCACUCAACUGUGGAAUUUUAAGUUACAAACAUUCUAAGGUAGGACAUUUUGCAGCCAGCGUGGUUCGUGCUAUCGGUCACAUUUUGGGGUUAGGGCAAGAUAAAGAAUGGUGUGCAUGUGGACAAACGAACUGUGUCAUGAGUGAGUUCAUAUCAUUUAGUACUAAAUUCAGCAAUUGUAGCUAUGCUAAUUGGUGGAAAGUGGUUGCCAAAAAGCCAUGUGUGUACAACACACCGGACCCGCGGGCCAUCUUUAUCCUGAAGUCCUGUGGUAAUGGCGUGGUUGAAGAAGGAGAAGAGUGUGACUGUGGAUCCAUGCGUCGUUGUGUAAACGAUCCCUGUUGUCUGUCCAACUGCACUCUGGAUCCUCGAGCUGAAUGUGCUUUUGGACUUUGCUGCAAAUACUGCAAGAUCAUGCCAACUGGAGAACUAUGUAGACAAGAAGCCAAUGCCUGUGAUCUUCCGGAGUGGUGCAACGGAAUAUCCCAUCAGUGUCCAGAAGAUGUAUAUGUGCAGAACGGGGUGCCAUGUGAAGGAGGAGGCUAUUGCUACGAAAAAACGUGUAGUACCCAUAACUUACAGUGCAGGGAGAUUUUUGGGGAACCUGCAAAGAGUGCCAAGGAGGAGUGCUACAAAGAAGUAAACACUCGAGGCGAUCGAUUUGGUAACUGUGGCAUGAAAAACUCUAAAUAUGUAAAAUGCAAUAUCUCUGAUAUCCUGUGUGGAAGGGUUCAGUGUGAGAACGUGAGAGACAUCCCCCCUCUGAGAGAACACUUUACGGUACAAGCGAAUUCUCUCAACAGUACCAUCUGCUGGGGAACAGACUACCAUUUGGGGAUAACCAUACCAGAUAUUGGUGAUGUGAAAAAUGGCACAGUGUGUGGCCCAAAUCAUAUGUGCAUCAACAAGAAGUGUGUUGAUAGGACUACCCUGAAAAGUUACUGUUCAACUAGCACUUGUAGAAACAGGGGAGUCUGCAACAACAAAGGUCAUUGCCAUUGCAAUCAGGACUGGGCCCCACCAUACUGCCUAAUACCAGGCAAUGGAGGUAGUCUUGACAGUGGUCCACCGAUUGGAAAACAAAAAAAAGAAAAAUUCAGAAAACAUAAGAAUACAACAAUAUACCUGCUAAUCCCAUUUUUGCUUUUUGUUUUAUUUUACUUAUGUUGCUAUUGUUUUUCUGCUUAUUUGCUUCGGAAAAAGCACAAAAGAAGAAGGCGAUUCAAAGCCUACAAACAGAAAGAAAGAAAAACAAACGAAGAACCUUUAAACCCUUCAGACAGAAUCCAAGAAAAAGAAGAGAAACCUUCCCUUUCUUCAGAAGGAAUCAGUGAACAACAGACAGAAAAACAAGAGCCACCAACCGUAUUUCCUGAAAAUUGA